AUGGUGCCCAAAACAAGUUCGUCGCAACUGAGCUCGUCUCAGAAGACGAAGCAGCAAUCCAUCUCUAGCUUCUUCUCCCCGAAGCCCUCGCAAACCGUUAAAUCUACUGUCACCAACCUUCCCCCCCAAGCACCGGCGAUCACGAAUGAAGCAAACCACACGACCCAAGAGCCUAGCUCUGACGAAGAUGAUCUCCCCAUACAACGCACUGUUGUAUCGCGAAGGAAGCGCGUCCUUCUCGACGAGGGAGAGGAUGAGGAGAUGGGAGUGGUUUCCCCAGUACCGAAGCGGGCCCGAAGCAUAGCCAGCAACGGGCACAUCGAAGACAAUGGGAAUACCGGACACCAUACCUCUUUAGUACAAGCAUCUGCCAUUGGGCUCAAUGUUGGAAAGCUUCCUAAAAUCUUAAAUCGGACGUCGAAAUAUAUUUUUUCGUCCUCCCCAGCAGCGACUGAAGAGAAUGAAGCAGAGGAUGAGGAGGAUGCCGCUGCCGCCCAGAAAAGGAAGGAGAAACUACACCAACAAUUUGUAAAGAAACUCGGGAAACCGGACAGCUUUGUGGAGCUUAGGAGGAGGAAUAAGGCCGGCUCGGAGGAGGCUGCAGAGGGCGAAGACGGCGAAGACGAUGAAGAAGACGCCGGGGAACCUACACCAAAAUCUGCAAAAGGCAAGAAAGGUGCAGCUACGAAGAAAGCGCCUGCGAAGCUCACGCCCAUGGUCAAGCAAUACCUGGAGAUCAAGCGAAAGCAUCUCGAUACUAUCAUCAUCACGGAAGUUGGGUACAAGUUCCAGAUCUAUGGAGAGGAUGCCAGGAUUGCUUCGAAGGAGCUCGGAAUUUUCUGUAUCCCGGGGAAAUUCAGAUAUGAUGAACAUCCGUCUGAAGCACAUCUCAGUAGAUUCGCCUCCGCAAGCUUCCCCGUUCACCGCCUUCAGGUCCACGUGAAACGGCUCGUUCAAGCGAAUCAUAAAGUUGGUGUGGUAAGGCAAAUUGAAACGGCAGCAUUGAAAGCGGUCGGAGACAACAGGAACGCCCCGUUCGAGCGCAAACUCACAAACUUGUACACGAAAGGAACUUAUGUCGAUGAUGUGGAAGGGCUGCAACCGUUGAACGGUUCUUCAAACCCCGGUGCACAAUCCACUGGAUACCUCCUUUGUCUCACCGAGACCAAUGCCAAAGGGUGGGGUACCGAUGAGAAGGUCCAUGUUGGCCUUAUUGCCGUACAGCCUGCGACAGGUGAUAUCAUCUACGACGAUUUUGAAGACGGGUUCAUGAGGAGCGAUAUUGAGACGCGGCUACUUCACAUUGCUCCAGCCGAGUUUCUGAUCGUUGGAGAUCUGUCUAAAGCCACAGACAAACUCAUUGAGCAUCUGUCAGCCAGCAAAACGAAUGUCUUUGGUGAUAGGGCACGCGUUGAGAGGUUAGAGAAGCACAAGACGAUGGCCGCUCAAGCCUACAGCCAUAUAUCAAACUUCUACGCCGACAAGAUGAAGUCAAGCUCCGACGCCGAAUCCGACAAGCAAGGUGCUAUCCUCGACAAAGUCCACCAACUCUCCGAGCAUGUCACAAUCUGUCUUUCAGCCAUGAUAACACAUCUUAGUGAGUACGGAUUGGAGCAUGUUUUCGACCUCACAAAGUACUUCCAGCCCUUCAGUGCGCGGUCAUACAUGCUCUUGAACGGCAAUACGCUGUCCAGUCUAGAGAUUUACCAGAAUCAGACAGACUACACAUCCAAAGGCAGCCUAUUCUGGACGAUGGAUCGAACGCAGACGCGAUUCGGACAACGAAUGUUGAGGAAAUGGGUUGGACGGCCAUUGAUCAACAAAGAGAGACUAGAAGAACGCAUUGCAGCUGUCGAGGAGCUAAAAGAGAGGGAGAACACCACCCACGUCGACAGACUAAAGUUCCUCCUUGGAAAAGUCAAGAUAGACCUCGAAAAGGUAUUGAUCAGAAUUUACUACAGGAAAUGCACUCGUCCCGAACUCCUCACCGCUCUUCAAGCCCUCCAAGCCAUCUCCAACGAAUACGCAUUUGUUAAAGGUCCCGAAGACGCUGGCUUCUCGUCGCCGUUGCUUAAUGAAGCGAUUUGCAAUAUUCCAAAGAUUUACCAGGACGUGACGAACAUUCUCGAGAAGAUCAAUCCCCAAGCCGCCCGCGAUGACGAUAAGUACACCUUUUUCCGUGAAGAGCAUGAAGCAGAAGAUAUCAAUGAUUACAAGUUGUCGAUUGCAUCUGUCGAAGACGACCUUGAAGCGCACAGGAAAGUCGCCGCAGAGAAACUGCGGAAGAGUAAGGUGAAUUAUGUCACAGUCGCUGGAAUAGAGUAUUUGAUCGAAGUGAAGAACAACAAGGAUGAAUUGAACAAGGUGCCAGCAAGCUGGACGCAGAUGAGUACGACGAAAGCAGUGAAGCGAUUCCAUACACCAGAGGUCAAAAGGAUGAUCCGAGAGCGGGAUCAACACAAAGAGAGCCUUGCCGGGGCGUGCGAGAGAGCAUACAUCAACCUCCUCAACGAUAUCUCCGCAAAGUACCAGGAACUCCGCGAUUGUGUAAGCGCUCUCGCAACGCUGGAUGCCAUCUUCUCCCUCGCUAUUCUCGCCUCCCAACCCGGUUACGUCAAACCAACAUUCACAUCCGACAUCGAGGUUUCUAUCACCGGUGGCCGCCACCCCAUGGUCGAACAACUUCUACUCGAGUCUUACGUCCCCAACAACCUCCACCUCUCCUCGUCCGCGACCCGCGGCCUCCUCAUCACCGGCCCAAACAUGGGCGGCAAAUCCUCCUACGUGCGUUCCGGCGCACUCAUCGCCAUAAUGGGCCAAAUUGGCUCCUACGUCCCCGCCUCCUCUGCCCGUCUCGGCAUGCUAGACGCCGUGUACACACGCAUGGGCGCCUUCGACAACAUGCUCAAAGGCGAGUCGACAUUCAUGGUCGAGCUCAGCGAAACCGCAGAUAUCCUUAAAUCUGCCACUCCGCGUUCGCUCAUCAUCCUCGACGAGCUGGGUCGCGGGACCAGCACAUUCGAUGGCGUAGCUAUUGCUGAAGCAGUCCUUGACUAUGUUAUCCGUGAGAUUAGGUCGCUGACGCUGUUCAUAACGCAUUAUCAACAUCUAGCGCGAUUACAGGAGAGGUUUAAAGGGAAGGAGUUGAAGAACGUGCAUAUGCGGUUUGAGGAACGAGAUGGGGGGAAGGAGGUUGUGUUUUUGUACGAGGUGGAGGAAGGAAUGAGCCAUAGGUCUUAUGGGCUUAAUGUAGCGAGACUGGCGAGAGUGCCAGACGGCGUUAUUGAGGUGGCGGGGGUGAAGAGUAGAGAGUUGGAGGAGCGGAUGAGAGGUUGUAGGUUAGGGAAUUUGUCGAAGAUGGUGAAUAGAUUGUUAGAGAGUGGGGAUGGGGAUGGAGAUUGUGCGGGAGAGAGCCUCGAGAGACUUGUUGAUGGGAUGGAGCAGUUGUGA